AUGAAGGCCCUCAUCCAGCUCUUCAUCCUGCUCUUCGCAGCCGUCACAGCCAGCGCGUCAACGACCCCCAACGCCACUGCUCUCCUCGACAGUCUCCCCCCCUGCUCCAUCAACUGCAUCGUCGAUGGCGUUACCAAAGACGGCUGCAGCCUCACCGACCUCGCCUGCGGAUGCUCCAAGAUCAACGAGCUCACCAAGAUCGUGUCGCCAUGCAUGGCCACAGCGGGCUGCACGCUCGAACAAAUGACCCAAACCGCGUCAACAGUUGCCCAAUUUUGCGAAUCGGCGGGCCUUCUCGUCAACGGCACGUCCAGUGAUGCCGCCCCGACUACGGCCACCGGGGCAGCACCGGCAGCCACAACCACGUCGGGGGCCGGCAGGCUUUCGGAUGAGAUCAUUUUAGCCUUUGCUGCCGUUGGCGUUCUCAUGGGGACGGUGUUUUUGUAA